AUACAGGAUAACCCGGUCGACCCUCGCCGACUGACCUUCUCUCGUUGUCUAGGAAAAUCACUAGCAAAAAGAUGUGGUGGUCUAGGUGGAGAUGGCGUGGCAGUAGUGCCGCCGUGGUAACGAGCCUGAGCUCCCUGGGACUAUGUGAGAGGUGUAGCCGUGCCCUGGAGGCGGCCGGGGUCCCGGUCCGACGCCGGCACUGGGAUAUAAAGACCGACUACGAGGGUCUGGUGGCAGCCGGAGUCCCGGUCCGGCGCCGGCACUGGGAUAUAAAGACCGACUACGAGGGUCUGGUGGCAGCCGAGGAGUUGACUUUCGACCCACAGCAACAGAAUUCGGUGGAGCAGCUCCAGCGGCUACAGUUGAAGUUGGCUGGGUACGAGCCACCUCCUCCGCCCAGCUUUCUAGGCAAGAUGUUUGGAGGCGGGGACAGGAAGAGUGGGAGGAUAAAGGGACUCUACAUGCACGGCUCUGUUGGUGCUGGUAAGACAAUGUUGAUGGAUCUGUUCUACAAGAGAGCAGCAGUGGCCAGAAAGAGAAGAGUACACUUCAACUCAUUCAUGCUCGACAUCCACGACAGGAUCCACCAGUUCAAGAAAGCUCUUCCCCGCUCCUCCGGUCGUGAGAGACCACAUGCCUAUGACCCUAUAGCCCCCGUGGCUAGAGACGUGGCCUCCGACAGUCACCUCCUCUGUUUCGAUGAGUUCCAGGUGACAGACAUCGCUGAUGCGAUGAUACUCAAGAGGCUAUUCACAGCUCUGUUUGAGAAUGGAGUUGUGAUGAUUGCCACCUCCAACAGACCACCUGACGGUCAGCCAGCACUCAUGCUAGCAGUAUACAGUGGAACCUCCGAUAAGGGACCCUCCGAGAUAGGGACAACCUCUCUACAAAGGACACUUGUUUCAACCCCAUACGGGAAUUAAGGGGGGACACCAGAUUUGGGCGAGAUAGAAGAUGGUACCAUUCCAUACUCCAACUGUAGCAAAAGUAUUAAGGAUAGUUGGUUUGUCUAUUCUUCUACUCAUGUGCCUACAAAAAAUGCUAAGUGGUUGACACACUCAUGUAGAGGAAGACGCGAAAUUUGGGCGAGAUAGGGAUAGGUGCAGAGAGAUAGAAGAUGGUACCAUUCCAUACUCCGACUGUAGUCAAAGUAUUAAGAAUAGUUGGUUUGUCUCUUUUUCAACUUUUGUGCCUACAAAAAAUGCUAAAUCGUUGACACCCUUCUUUAAGGGGGGACAGCGAAAUUUGGGGCGAGAUAGGGAUAGGUGCAGCGAGAUAGAAGAUGGUACCAUUCCAUACUCCAACUGUAGCAAAAGUAUAAGGAUAGUUGGUUUGUCUCUUCUUCUACUCAUGCUGAAUCGUUGUGACACUCAUGUAGGGGAGGACGCGAAAUUUGGGCGAGAUAGGGAUAGGUUCAGCGAGAUAGAAGAUGGUACCUUUCCAUACUCCAACUGUAGCAAAAGUAUUAAGGAUAGUUGGUUUGUCUCUUCUUCUACUCUUGUGUCUACAAAAAAUGCUAAAUCGUUGACACACAUGUAGGGGAGGACGCGAAAUUGGGCGAGAUGGGGAAUGGUGCAGUGAGAUAGAAGAUGUUACCAUUCCAUACUCCGACUGUAGCAAAAGUAUUAAGGAUAGUUGGUUUGUCUCUUUUUCCACUCUUGUGCCUACAAAAAAUGAUAAAUCGUUGACACCCUUCUUUAAGGGGGGGCACCGGAAUUUGGGCGAGAUAGGGAUAGGUGCAGCGAGAUAGAAGAUGGUACCAUUCCAUACUCCAAACUGUAGCAAAAGUGUUAUCGAUAGUUGGUUUGUCUCCUUUUCUACUCAAGUGUCUGCAAAAGAUACUAAAUCGUUGACACACUCAUGUAGGGAAGGACGCGAAAUUUGGGCGAGAUAGGGAUAGGUGCAGCAAGAUAGAAGAUGUUACCAUUCCAUACUCCAACUGUAGUCAAAGUAUUAAGGAUAGUUGCUUUGUCUCUUUUUCCACUUUUGUGCCUACAAAAAA